AUGAGGGAAUGCUAUGGGGCAGGCUUGUUGGUCUUUCACGUCUUCUGUGAUGAACGAGCCAUUCCAGAAGAUCAGCAUUGUCCCAUUGACAUGCAUACACUUCUGAACUUUGUCGCCAGCUGCGCAGGUUCAUACUCUGGAAAAAUGUUAGUUAACUACCUCUAUGCCAUAAAAGUGUGGCACAUGCUGUAUGGUCAGCCAUGGAUUGUUCAGCAGGACGAGCUGAAAGCAUCUUUGGACGGUGCAAUUGAACUUAUGCCGGUGUGA